CUGUCCUCUAACCAUCACGUAUAGAGAUGUGAAAAGGAAGGUAAUGAUUGAAAUCGGUUAGUCUAUAUGAUGUACUUUUAAUUUGUGAUUUUAUGGCUACUAUUGUGUCAGGUGUGCCAGGCAAUAUCCAGUCCUACAAGUGUUAUUCCUACUGGUGUAUUAAUUUGUUCCUGUUUCCCAACACCCUCGUUGGUCCGUGCACCUUGCUGACAUACAGUAUGUGUCCCUUUUCUCCAGUGUGAUUUCCAGGAUGUCCCAAUCUAUUCCACCCACAGCCUAAUAAGAGGAAAGCUAAUACGUUUGGAGCGAUGAGAGUCUUACCGAGAGUCUUGUUUUUUGUUGUUGCUACAUACCAAAUCAAGGCCCUGCCCUAAACCCCUAUCUUCGUCCCAAUGCCUCUGUGUUUCAUAAGAUCUUUAAGAGCCUUAUCCCAAGAUUCCUCAUGUGCUCUGACGAAACCAGCUGCCCACAUUAUGCAUGUCAUUCUCUAAAUACCUCACUGGAAAGCCCCAAAACACGUGUUUUAAGACUUCAGAUUAAUUUGAUCCUUGUCACAAUAGAACACCCAAAUAAUGUAGACUCCACAGAAUUGAGAAUUGUUAUUUUUGGACUUUCACUGCGUGGUGUUUUGGGGUUGAGUCCUUUCACUGGAUGGUGUUUUGGGUUUGAGUCCUUUCACUGGAUGGUGUUUUGGGGUUGAGUCAUUUAACUGGAUGGUGUUUUGGGGUUGAGUCAUUUCACUGGAUGGUGUUUUGGGGUUGAGUCCUUUCACUGGAUGGUGUUUUGGGGUUGAGUCAUUUCACUGGAUGGUGUUUUGGGGUUGAGUCAUUUCACUGGAUGGUGUUUUGGGGUUGAGUCCUUGCACUGGGUGGUGUUUUGGGGUUGAGUCCUUGCACUGGGUGGUGUUUUGAGGUUGAGUCCUUGCACUGGGUGGUGUUUUGGGGUUGAGUCCUUUCACUGGAUGGUGUUUUGGGGUUGAGUCCUUUCACUGGAUGGUGUUUUGGGGUUGAGUCCUUUCACUGGAUGGUGUUUUGGGGUUGAGUCAUUUCACUGGAUGGUGUUUUGGGGUUGAGUCAUUUCACUGGAUGGUGUUUUGGGGUUGAGUCAUUUCACUGGAUGGUAUUUGGGGUUGAGUCAUUUCACUGGAUGGUGUUUUGGGGUUGAGUCCUUUCACUGAGGCCUGUAUCUUGCUGUAUCUUACAAUAAACACUCUACCAACUUUACUUCCUUAAAAUUCCUUUUUGUCUCAUUUACUUUGUCCCGGUGAACUACUUACAAAAAUAUAUACAGAGGUAGCAGCUGAUCAGCAGAUAAUGUUACAGCAGGACACAUAUUGUAACAGGUUUCCACCGAAUAGGUCUUGUUCAGGUAGUGUUGAUAACAUUUGUAAUUUGUGUUAUGUCCAGGCAUCACAGGGAUUCAUUUUUCUACACCUCCAUAAAAUCCGUUCUCGGAACUCAUCGUGGAUAUGGAUUCUGUGUAUCAGUAUUUAGGAUAUCCAGCACAAGUCAACGACGAUUCAGAGACUUCAAGCAGGAAUCAUCUAUGGCUGUACGGCGUGGGUACCUUCGUGGUUCUGUGGACGCUAGGCUGGCUGUACAGAGACAGUCUGGAGAUAGAGGAUAUCAAGGAGAAGUAUGUGUUUGUGACGGGGUGUGACUCUGGCUUUGGGAACUUGCUCUGUAAGAGGCUGGACCGGCGGGGGUUCAGGGUGAUAGCUGGGUGUCUGACGGAGAAAGGGGUUGAUGAUCUGAAGAGGGCGACUGGGCCGUACCUGAAGGCGGUUCUCCUAGACGUGACGAGCACCGGCAGUAUACAGAAAGCCAUGGAGUACACCAAGCAGGAGGUUGGAGAUAACGGACUGUGGGGUAUCGUGAACAACGCGGGGCGCUCCCUGCCCAUGGGUCCCUCAGAGUGGAUGAGGCUGGAGGACUAUACCAGUACCCUGAAGGUGAACAUGACGGGGGUGAUAGAGAUGACCCUCACCUUCCUGCCUCUCAUCAAACAGGCCCAGGGGAGGAUUGUCAACGUGGCCUCAGUGCUGGGUAGAGUGGCAGCUAACGGUGGGGGAUACUGCAUCUCUAAAUUUGCCGUGGAGUCUUUCUCAGACUGCCUCAGGAGGGAUAUCCACUACUUCGGGAUCAGGGUGUGCAUCAUUGAGCCAGGUUUCUUUAAGACAGCGGUUACCAGUUUGGAUCCCAUCGAGAGAGAGCUGCAUCGCCUGUGGAACCAGCUCACACCUGAAGUAAAGGCCAGCUACGGAGACAAAUACCUGGAUAAUUACAUCCAGAUCCAACGGUUGAUCAUGAACGCAGUGUGUGACUCGGACCUGAGUAAAGUGACUAACUGCAUGGAGCAUGCCUUGGUGUCUGCCUACCCCCGAACCCGCUACAGUGCCGGCUGGGACGCUAAAUUCGGAUGGAUCCCCCUCUCUUACAUGCCAUCCUGUGUCAUCGAUAUUGGGCUGAAACUGGUGAUGCCGCGUCCUGCUAAGAGUGUCUAGAGUUAAUUAGCAUACAAUACAUUGCAAUAUAAACCAAUACUAUACAGUACAAUACUAAAGAAUACAAAACAAUAUAUUGUUUGAGUUCAAAUGUACAGAAUGUAGAGUAGCCUACACAUCAUAACUCUAUUUAGAAACGUUAAUUCAAAGCAUUUCUUUAUACUGUCUGUGUUUUAAAGAUAGAUGAUGUCCUAUAGUUAUGAGAGAAAACAUGGAAUAUUUGAAUAAUUUAGGUGUUUGCCAACCUACUGUGCCUUUUCGUAACCAUUAAUUAUGUUGCUUAACUUUGAGCAAUAUUCUUCACUUUGUUAGCAAAAUCUUUAUUAAACGUUCCUACAAACUGCCUUAUUGGUUAAGGACUCGUCAGUAAGCAUUACACUGUAAGGUCUACUACACCUGUUGUAUUCAGCAUUUCACUGUAAGGUCUACUACACCUGUUGUAUUCAGCAUUUCACUGUAAGGUCUACUACACCUGUUGUAUUCAGCAUUUCACUGUAAAGUCUACUACACCUGUUGUAUUCAGCAUUUCACUGUAAGGUCUACUACACCUGUUGUAUUCAGCAUUUCACUGUAAAGUCUACUACACCUGUUGUAUUCAGCGCAUGUGACUAAUAAAAUUUGAUUUGAUUUGAAUAACCCUCAUAUUCAAUAAGGCUGUUCUUAUUGAAAUAACUGAUGUCCAUUAUAUGAACACAAAUAAUAAAAUGAGACCAAUUAA